GUGAGUCUGUUGUUCCUCAUUAGUGCUCCGGGCGUCGUCGAGCAGGAAGGUGGGACGAGGGGACUGCCGAAAUAUUGUGUGUUUCCAGAUCUUUGUGGUGAAGAGAGAUGAGUCUUUAAACAUGCUGGAUCCAGGAGCGAGCGACGUCACGGGCCGAGGGCACUUUUAUGAAGAACCAGGAUCCAUCCAGAGGAACAACACGGUGAAGGAGCUCCUGAUGAUGAAACGCCAGAAGUGGAAGUGGUCGGACGAGGACAACCACACGGAGCAUCAUUUGAAGUUGGCAAAACCUGAAGUCUUUGCCGGCAACGAGAGUCCUUACCCGUUUGACGUAGCAGUGAACCCAAAUUGUCCCCCUCAUUUCCCCCCUGCUUAUCCUGGAAGGAUCAAGCUGAAGCCGCAGGUCACGCAGAUGCCGCCUCUGUGGGGAAACGUGGUUCCGGCCGUGGAAAACAAAGUGUCUCUGUUUGACUGGCAAAUCCAGCAAGCGGCCCAGAAGGUUGGAGACGUUCCCCCCGAGCUGCUGAACUGGCAAGACGCAGACGGCGACACGUAUCUUCACAUUGCCGUGGCGCAAGGGCGACGGGCUCUGGCCUACGUGCUUGCUGGGAAAAUGGCCAAAGUUGGGUCUUUGGACUUGAAGGAGCACAACGGCCAGACAGCUUUUCAGAUUGCCGCUGCCACCAAUCAGCACUUGAUUGUCUGCGAUCUGAUGGCGCACGGAGCCCAAAUGGACACGUGCGACUUGUGGGGCCGCUCUCCUUUGCACGUGUGUAGUGAAAAAGGACACUUUCUCAGUCUUCAGACAAUCUGCCAGAGUCGCCAGCCGAUUGACGCGGACGUCUUCAAUUACGAGGGUCUCACCCCGCUCCACACGGCAGUUUUGGCGCACAACGACGUCGUCAAAGAGCUGCGGCGUCUGGAAAGUCCCUGUUCGUCCGCGGCCAUGCAGAGGAAACACACGUUUGUGGAAUGCAUCCAGACUCUGCUGCUCAUGGGCGCGUCCCUAGCGACCAAGGAUCUGAAAAGCGGCCGGACUUGUCUCCACAUGGCUUCCGAGGAGGCAAACGUGCAGCUGCUCAAGCUUUUCCUGGACCAGCGUCACUCGCUCUCCGUUGUAAAUCUUAAGACGUUUAGCGGAAACACCGCCCUGCACGUUGUCAGCGCUUUGCAAAAUCACAACAGUCAGGUUGACGCGGUCAAGCUGCUGAUGAGAAACGGAGCCGACCCCGGAACCAAGAAUUGGGAAAAUGACGUGCCGUCUCAGCUGGCGCCCGAAGGAGCCGUUGGGGAAAAGGUGCGGCACAUCCUGAAGGGGAAACGAGUGUACGCUUAAAAAACACUGUCAGUCAGACAGUCCGCUCUAUGAACUAUUUGCCAAAGUAUGGCAGAUGUGGUUGUCGUUUCUGGGAAACAUGCCUCAUUGUUCAUUACCGUGUAAUGCUACAAGUAACAAUGUUUAUUGAGGGAUUAGGGUUUUUACUUUUGGAUCAAUAUAUUUUAACUCUGCUUUACAAAUAAAGUCUCUUCAUUUUUGAAAACUCAA